AGGACAUGAAGUGUUUUUUAUUAUUUGUUUUUUUUUCAUCGAAAGAAAUAAAACAUCGAAAUUUUGGUUUUCUUUUUUUUGUUUCGGAGUUUCAAAUUCAUUUGGUUUCGGUAAUACAUCAUAUAGAUCAUUAUUGUUGAAUGAUGUUGUUUCGUUCGAUUACAAAAUUUGUUCUUCUAAAUCAUCGUCAAGCUAAUUUGACUUUGAUAAGAUGUUUACAUCGAAAUCAUAUGAUUACAAAAAUAGCCGAACGUUCGUUUAAUUUUAAAUGGUCAUCACCGUCAUCAUUAAUGAUUACACGUGGAAUCAAGACAACAAAUAAAAAAGAUGAUAGUCAUGUGGAAGUUUUUGAACCAGAAUAUUUGAAAGAAACAAAACCAAAAGGUCCUCAAACGGCAAAAGAAUUUGCCGAUGUUAGUUCACAAAAAAAUUGGAUUUCAUUUGGAUUCGAUAAAGUUGAUCAAAAAGAAGAUUAUCAUUUGGCCAAUGUCUAUUUUUUUACCUAUUUUACUCUUGGUUGUUUAGUGUUUAGUUGGAUAAUUUACUAUUAUCCUUACAUUGAUGGUUGGGAUUGGGCACAGAGAGAAGCAUUUCUGGAAAUUGAUCGUAGAGAAAAAUUAGGACUGCCAUACAUCGAUCCGAAUCUUGUUGAUCCGGCAAAAAUAACACUACCAUCCGAAGAAGAACUAAAAAAAUUAGAUUUCGAUAUUCAUCUUUAAAAAAAAUUUUUAUUUUCAAAAACAACAACAACAAAACAAAAAAUUGAUCAUAGCAAAAUUGUUUGAAAAAAAAAUUAAAAUUCAAAAU